AUGUAGGCUCGCACCUGUUCCUCCACAGGUGUCAGGCAGUUAUAGUUACACCAAACCUGUGUAGGCUAUCGACUGAAAUUGAAUGCCUCCUAUUGACUAUUUCCAGAGGUAUAAUGGUCUUUUUGAAUGAAUUGGUUCUCAGAAUAUGUCUGAAGUAAGAUCACUUCAAGUGAGAGGGUGCUGAUCUGUGUUGUGUUUCUUGAGCGCUGGAUCCUCUGUUGGUAAUUAUUGAUCUGAGUAGGCAAAAGUUGUUCAGUGCCAUUUUACCUAACUGCAACCACACUGCAGCAUCUCCUCAACCGCAGUACUAAAUGAUAAAAAAGACAGAUAAUCCAGGAUUCAACCAUGGAUUUAUUUAAUGUGGUCGCUGAGGAAAAAAAAAUAUGUAGUUUGAACAAGAGUUUGCAAGUGUGUGUUGUUUUAUUAUUAGGUUAUUACAUUGUCUUAGAUGUGCAAUUAUCAAACCUUGUCAUGAGGUAACAAGGUUUAUUAGGCAAACUGUAGGUUGGAGAAUGGUCAUCACUGGAAUUCCAAACAUGACUUUCUCAAACUCUGGUGGUCUUGUUCGUGUGACUAAUACCAAAAACACUGUGACCAUGCAAGGAUCUGCACGCUGUGUAGUUGAGCUGCACAGACUUAAGGGGUCAGAAGCGAGUUACAUGCCCUUCGGCAGCACGUAAAAGAAGAUGACGAAGAAAUGUGGCGCGAUAGCAGCAUAUAGAGUUGUUGUUUUGAAAGCUUGUAGAUACAAAAAGUGGUUAAAGUGACGAGAAGCUUUAGCUAAUAAUCGUUUGCAUUCAGGCACGUGUUUAUUCGGUGUGUAAGUGCUUGCGCGGACACUGCACGAUGCCACCCCUCACUUUAAGAGGAAUUACUGUGGAUUUUCCUUUUACACCGUAUCCAUGCCAGAAGGACUACAUGAGCAAAGUGAUUGAAUGCCUGCAAAACAAAGUAAAUGGAGUUCUUGAAAGUCCAACAGGCACAGGCAAAACCUUGUGUCUGCUCUGUGCAACGCUUGGCUGGAGGGAAUACUUCAAGGACUCCAUAUCUGCCCGCAAGAUUGCAGAGAAAAUGGGAGGUGCUGAACUUUUUCCUGAUAGGCCUCUGUCUUCGUGGGGAACAACAGCAACUGAUGGAGAUGUACCAGCAUAUUACACAGAUAUUCCUAAAAUCAUCUAUGCAUCCAGGACACAUUCCCAGUUGACACAAGUCAUCAGUGAGCUGAAGAACACAUCUUACAGGCCAAAGGUUUGCGUUCUAGGGUCCAGAGAACAGCUGUGUAUUAACCAAGAUGUAAUGAAACAGGAAAGCAACCAUGUCAAGGUCCAUAUGUGCCGAGCAAAAGUUUCUUCCCGCUCUUGUGUCUUCUACAACAAUGUUGAUGAGAAGAGCACUGACAAAGACAUCAUGAACUCCAUUUUGGAUGUUGAAGAUCUUGUGAAAACUGGCAAAAAGGAAAGAGUGUGUCCAUAUUAUCUGUCCCGCUCUCUGAAGCAGCAUGCUGACAUCAUAUUCAUGCCCUACAACUACCUCCUUGAUCCAAAGAGUCGCCGGGCACACAACAUAGAGCUUAAAGGAGCCGUUGUCAUUUUUGAUGAGGCACAUAACGUGGAGAAGAUGUGUGAAGAGUCAACUUCGUUCGACCUGACUCCUUAUGAUUUGACCUCAGCUAUUGAUGCUGUGGACAAACUUCUGAGGGAGCAGGCGGCCGAGGUCGGAAAAGGAGACCCUUCAGAAGAUUUUAAUGUUGAAUCUCUAAACUCAGGACUGAAAUUGGACAUCACAACCAUUGCUAAGAUCAAACAAAUUUUAAUGGACCUAGAGCUAGCCAUAAAUAGUUUUGAGAUGCCCUCAAAUAACCAGGGAAUUACUAAGCCUGGCAGUUUCAUUUAUGAGCUUUUCCAAAAGGCACAUGUAAAUUAUGACACUAAAAUGGCAGUUGUGGAGGCGAUGGAGCAGAUCACAGGAUAUUUGGCCGGAAAGCCUGGUAUCUUCCUCAACACCAGCGGACUGCAGAAGGUUGCAGAUAUAAUCCAGUUGGUGUUUUCAGUGGAACCUGCAGAGGGCAGUAAGCAAUCAGAAAAGGGGAGCAGCAUGCAGCAAUUCAAGGUGCAUAUUCAUCCCGACACAAGCAACUUCAAGAAAAAGCAAAGCGCUGAUGUAUGGGCAUCUUCUUCUGUGAAGAAACAAGGGAAUGUGCUGAGCUACUGGUGUUUCUCUCCUGGGUACAGCAUGCAAGAGUUGCUCCGACAGGAGGUGCGCUGCAUCAUCCUGACCAGCGGGACCCUUUCACCACUCUCGUCUUUCACUUAUGAAAUGCAUAUCCCCUUCCCUGUGUGUUUGGAGAACCCUCACGUCAUUCAGCAGGACCAGAUUUUCGUCAGCAUUGUCGACAAAGGGCCGGAUGGAGUGCAGCUGAGCACAGCUUUUGACAAGAGGUUUGUUCCUGAGAACAUGGCAUCCUUAGGAAAUACUGUUGUAAAUCUGAGCCGUGUGGUUCCACAUGGCCUGCUGGUGUUCUUCCCUUCAUACCCUGUACUGGACAAGACGCUGGAAUACUGGAGGGCUAACGGCCAUGCAGACCGUAUAGAGAAUAUGAAGCCCAUGUUUGUGGAACCCAAAGGAAAAGGCACAUUUACGGAGGUGAUUGAUGGAUUUUAUGACAAGGUAAAUGAUCCAAAGUCCAAUGGAGGGACUUUUUUUGCUGUAUGCAGGGGAAAGGCGAGUGAAGGAUUGGACUUUGCAGACACAUAUGGCCGUGGUGUGAUCAUCACUGGCCUUCCCUUUCCUCCUAGAAUGGACCCCAGAGUGGUGUUGAAGAUGCAGUACCUGGAUGAGAUGUGCAAAAACAAGACCAGAAACAAGCAGUAUCUCUCCGGGCAGGAGUGGUACAGGCAGCAAGCAUCCCGUGCAGUGAAUCAAGCCAUCGGCAGAGUGAUCCGCCACCGUGAGGAUUAUGGAGCCAUCUUCCUCUGUGACCACAGGUUCAAAUAUACAGAUGCACGAGCCCAGCUGCCCUCUUGGAUUAGGCCUUGCGUACGGAUUUAUGAUAACUUUGGCUCUGUGGUCCGAGACGCCGCACAGUUUUUCAGGGUUGCACAGAAACUUAGGCCAGUACCACAGAAGAAGGUACAAAAUGUACUGUGCGAGAGUCAAUCAGUUUCAGUUGCUGGCCAGGGUGGAGGGUGUCUUCGUUCAGCUCAAAGUCACUGGCAGAGUAGCUCCUCUCUGAAAGCCAAAGUGCUAGACUCUCAUGUGCCCAGCCUAAAGAAAAGAAAACUGGAGGACACUGGGAGAGAUGGGACAGCCAGGCUGUGUAUCCAGUAUGAGAUGGACAUGAGCUCCAGCAAGAAGAAGCCUCUGAGUUUGCUCGAUGCACUGGACAACAGCGAACCCAGGCUAGAAGAGGAAGAUCACCUGGCUGGGGAGGAGAGGGCCAGCCGCUUGUCUACACUAUCUCUACAAUAUGAUAAGCGAUUGGACGAUGAAUCCAGGGGUGGGAAACGCAAAAUCAGAGUAGUUCAGGAUCGGAAACCUGUGGAGUCCAGCGCAGCAGGCAGAGGCAAGACAUUCAUGUUGGAGCUGAAGAAAAGCUUGAGUCAAGAUAGUUUCACAAAGAUGAUGCAUGCCCUCCAGGUGUACAAGGCAACAGAUAACCUUGAUGACCUUGUCACAAAAGCAGCAGAGCUCCUUAUUCAAGACCCCAACACGCACAGCCUGCUUAGAGGGCUCUACCAGUUUAUUCGACCACACCACAAGAAGCAGUUUGAUGAGAAGUGUCAGUUGCUUACAGGCCAGGGCUGUGGCUACAAGCCUGAGCACUCACUGUCUAGGGAGGAGAGGGAGACGCUUGUGCAACAAACAGCCAAAGUGAAGACUUCUGAAAUGGGUGCAAGCAAAGAACUAGACUCAAGCAAAGAACUGAAUCAAGGUGGUUCUCAUCUGGGAACUCACAAUUUGUGUGGAGUAAAUGCAAGUGUGAAGGACCAGAAACUCCAAAAGCCACAGAAGUCAGGCAAAGACAGUCAGUUCAGCACGACCCUUCUCUCUGAUAUUAAACAGGCCAUUGGUGCUGAAAAAACCAAUCAACUGUUUGUAGCCCUGCAGACGUAUAAGAAGACAAAUAAUUAUGAGCAGAUGGUAUCAACAGUUGUGGGGUUGCUAACUGAACGAGACGAAGACAUUGUGCUUCUAAAACGGUUAGCUGUGUUUAUUCCACCACACCAUAGUCAGCAGUUUUCUGAGAUGUUAAGAUCUUUGACUGGGAGUGCCUUAGUGACCUGCCAGGACUCAGAAGAGGCUUCCAAUCAUCCGAAUCCAGUUUCACACCUCUCUGCAGGAAAAUCACAGAGCAAGAUAUCAUCCUUCUUCUCCUGACCAGAGGACCAUACUGAUUAAUUUGGUUUAAAGGAAAAAGCCCCAUCUACUAUACUGAUUCAAUCUCAGCAUGAAGCAAGGCAGUUAGUUUAUUUACAUUUUGUAUACAUGGACCGUACAUGGCAAAAAUAAGGUAUACAUGUGCUUUUAUAAAACUGUACCUGUUUUAAAUAAUGUUUAUUCCUUUCAAAGGUAUAUUAAAAUAUUUUUGUACUUGUUUAAGAUUUGUGACUGAUGAACUAUAUAAAGUAGUAUAUGAAGUUUAAUUCCAUGAUUUAUUCAUUUAUGAUUUUUGAGGUAUAUUUUUAAAGAAUAACAGGCGGCAUAAUUAAACCCACAUUAUUAAACCACAUUUUUAUUUUAUGUAAUAAAGGUGGCAUUGAUCAUAA